GAAAUAAGGUAGCCAACGUUAAUUAACACAGUUUUAUAGCAACAAUAUCUGAUGAGGUUCUUUCCUGAACUAAAUUUUGAUACUUCGGAUGAUCAGAAACCUGGAUGGAAAAAGUUUUUGGCGUUUGUAGGCCCUGGUUUCCUUGUCUCAUUGGCUUAUCUUGACCCUGGAAACUUGGAAACUGAUUUGCAAGCAGGAGCUAGUCACCGAUAUGAGCUAUUAUGGGUGGUUCUUAUCGGAUUGAUCUUUGCUCUUAUAAUCCAGUCCCUUGCUGCAAAUCUUGGUGUAAGCACUGGCAAACAUUUAUCAGAAUUAUGCAAGGCUGAGUACCCAAGAUACGUCAAGUACUGCCUGUGGUUGCUCGCCGAAUUAGCUGUCAUAGCUGCUGAUAUCCCAGAAGUGAUUGGGACAGCCUUCGCAUUAAAUAUACUGUUUCACAUCCCGGUAUGGGUUGGAGUUCUCCUCACUGGCUUCAGCACUCUCUUGUUUCUUGGCCUGCAGAGAUAUGGGGUGAGGAAGCUGGAAAUGUUGAUAGCAAUACUUGUAUUCGUUAUGGCUGGUUGUUUCUUUGGAGAAAUGAGUUAUGUAAAGCCUCCUGCAGCUGAUGUGCUUAAGGGCAUGUUUAUUCCCAAACUCAGUGGCCAAGGUGCUACAGGAGAUGCCAUCGCCUUAUUGGGCGCCCUUGUCAUGCCGCACAAUCUGUUUCUGCACUCAGCUCUUGUGCUCUCCAGAAAAGUGCCCAAUUCUGUCCGUGGCAUAAACGAUGCCUGUAGAUAUUUCCUUAUAGAGAGUGGAAUGGCCCUGUUUGUAGCAUUUUUAAUCAAUGUAGCGGUGGUGUCCGUAUCAGGCGCUGUUUGCUCAGGCCCAAAUCUCUCAGAUUAUACCAAGGAUCAAUGCAGUGAUAUUACUCUAAACUCGGCUUCUUUCCUCCUCCAGAAUGUGCUGGGAAAAUCGAGCUCGAUUGUUUAUGCCAUUGCGCUUCUUGCCUCAGGGCAAAGCUCCACCAUCACAGGAACUUAUGCUGGACAAUUUAUUAUGCAGGGUUUCUUGGACAUGAAAAUGAGAAAAUGGCUGAGGAAUUUGGUGACAAGGUGCAUUGCAAUUACACCAAGUCUUAUUGUUUCAAUUAUUGGUGGACCUCAAGGAGCAGGCAGAUUAAUCAUCAUAGCUUCGAUGAUACUGUCAUUUGAACUGCCAUUUGCUCUUAUCCCUCUUCUCAAAUUUAGCAGCAGUAGCACCAAGAUGGGACCCCACAAGAACUCUAUUUAUAUCAUUGUUAUUUCAUGGAUCUUGGGGCUAGGAAUUAUAGGCAUCAAUAUCUAUUACCUGAGCACAGGCUUUGUAGGUUGGCUAAUCCACAACGAUUUCCCCAAACUGGGAAACGUGUUCAUUGGCAUUUUAGUGUUUCCCCUGAUGGCCGUCUAUGUAUUAGCAAUCAUCUACCUAACUUUCAGAAAAGACAUUGCUGUGACAUUUAUUGAGCCCACAAAGGAAGACCCAGUGGCCCAAGCCCACAUGGAGAAUGGGCUUGGAUACCCUAAUGGGCCGAUGGAAUUGGGCCGUGUACCUUACAGAGAGGAUUUGGUUGAUAUCCCUCUACCACAGUAGAAGACUGCAUCAUCGAAUGAAGGUGUUUUCACUUUUAAGUAAUUAGAUAUCAGAAGGAAACAAAAAUGAGUUCUUGGUAGAACUAGUAAUUAAGGUAUAAUAUAAUGUUGAAAGGUGUUUUGAAGCUUCUCAGAGGCUGGUGACAUAAGCAGGAUUAUUUUCCUAAAAGUUUAUUCCUACGUAAGUUGUAACCUACGUUUAGUGUUGAGCUGUAAGUUUAAGUGUGAAAGUUGAAACUAUAUGUGUCUAAUGCUCUUUUAUACUCGUCUUGUAUUCUUCUCUGACCCUUCACUGUUCAACCUGGAUAGCUACUACGUUAUCCAUAUAGUUAGAAUAAAUCCUUCUCCUUUUGUGUAAUAUUUGGGUCAAAGUGUUUCACAAAAUUUAUGGGUAAAAUAUAUAUGUGAUUUUGAGA